AUGCUCUUGUAUCAGCAAGAGCUCGCUCCGGAGUUUACAAGCCGCAGCAGGAACGCGGCGAUGGGUACCUUAUCGUUGAGCAAUGCCUCGCUAACGGGUUUCGCGCAGCCAUUGUACACGCUCGAAGAAUCGAAACUCACAGGAUCGGUUGUUUCGCUAGUGAGAGCUGUUGUCGGCGUCGUGUGCCUCCGAAAACUUGGAGCUCCUGCGGAUUCCGGAGCGGAUCAACCUUUGGCGCCGGAUGUUGAAAUUCCUCGGCACACCUUCCGCGCAAGAAAAACAUCUUGUUUGAACCUUCUUUGGUUCUGCUCGGCUUCGCGCUCAAAAAUCGAACUGCCUGGCUACAAUGUCUUCGCCGCUGUAGGUCUCAGCAGAGCAUUCUCUCCCUUGACAAAAGCGAGGAACCUUUCGCUGUUCAAAUCGCCCAAGCGUGCGGCAUCCUUGAGAUUGACCUUGAUGGGCACUGGAAAGCCUUUCAGAAUUCAGUUGAUGGGCGAGUGCUGCAGCAACACACCACCUCUGACCCACGAGCGGAAUGGGCACUAA